UUGAGCCAGUGUGCCAUACGGUCAUACGGUUGUAUUUGUUUACUGGCUGCAGAUCGUAUCAAGAGUGGCCGCAUGCUUGUUUCGUGGGAUGUGAUAUGCGCACAGUGCUUUGAUAUGAACUCAUAAACCAGAUAACCUGUCGUAAAAGUAUGCGGUUAAGAGACGUCUUAAACUGUUAUAUGGUUCGCCUGGAACAUUUGAGGUAGUGCGUGAGCGGCGGUGGACUCCGACGUUGGAAAUGGGUGCCAGAUUGUGGUCCUUCCUAGGUGGCUAUUGGCUGCUGGUAGGCCUAUUCUUUGCGCCACUGUCCGAGGGUCUGUGGCGUCGUGGCGAGCCACCACAACACCGUCAGAGCAGACUAAGGACCUUGUUGCGCAUGCCUGGCGUGCAGCCAACUCAGCCGGAUGAUUACUAUUGUACAGCAUAUAAUUUAAGUUAUGAAGAAGCCUACAUAGUGAGCUUUAAGCCGAAGCCAAAUCACAGCACAGCGAGUCACAUGCUGCUUAUCGGCUGCGGGAACGUCUUCAGGAAGGAUCACCUUCACCCAGGCUCCUGGAACUGCGAUCGCAAUGCUGUUUGCGACAACCUGACUGUUCUCUAUGGCUGGGCCCGCAAUGCAGCCAGCACACAGCUGCCAGAAGGUGUGGGAUUUCAAGUUGGCCAUCUAACACCUGUCAGAUACUUGGUCCUUCAAGUGCAUUAUGACAGCCCAAUGCCAGAAGGGGAAUCUGACACUACAGGCCUGGAACUGCAAAUUGACUUGCAGCCGCAAAGAUACCUGGCUGGGAUCCACGUAUUUUAUGCUAAGGACAGGACCAUCCCACCUGGUCACACGAACUUUCCCGUGGACGUUAACUGUGUGGCGAGCCGAGAGGAGACAAUCUUUGUCUUCGCCUACCGGGUGCACACACACUCCCUGGGACGUGCCGUGACUGCCUAUCUGCUGCACAAUGGCCAAUGGAGCUUGCUGGCCAAGGGUGAUCCACACCAACCGCAGGCAUUUUAUCCUCUGAACAAGACAGUGCCUGUCAAACCUGGUGACGUUUUGGCGUCCCGGUGCACCUACAACACCAUGUCAAGAAAGCAUCCCACAGAAAUCGGGCCAGGCGCGAGGCAAGAGAUGUGCAACCUGUACCUGAUGUAUUACGCCUUGAGAUCUAGCAAUCGUACAUCGGGUCAGUGCGAAAACCUAGAGCGGCCAGCAUUAGUGAGCCAGAUCCCACUAGAAAGCAGUGGUGGUGACGAAACUGUGGUUGAAGGCUUUCCAGCAACUGGCAGCCAUUAUGUGUUCUCAUCCAGUGAAGGCUGGCCUGAUUCAGAUGUGCACUUUGGCCAAGUUGUUGCUGUGUCGAUGGACCUCGACGGGAACCUCGUUGUUUUCCACCGAGGAUCACGUGUGUGGACAGGGCAGUCCUUUGACUACAACGACGUCUACCAACGUGUGGAAGAGGGCCCCAUUCCCGAGUCCACGGUGCUCACCCUUGAGCCCGGGAACGGUCACCUGCUUCACCGAUGGGGCCGACAGCAGUUCUUUAUGCCACAUGGUCUCACUGUGGACAGAGAGGGUUUCAUUUGGAUCACAGACGUCGCCCUACACCAGGUUCACAAGUAUCCUCCUGGUGGAGCCAAGAUUCCCCUGAUGUCUCUUGGAGAACGCUUCCAGCCAGGAGGAGGCAAGGACCACUUCUGCAAGCCAACCAGUGUUGCCAUUGCUAGCGGAGGUGACUUCUACGUGGCUGAUGGGUACUGCAACUCCCGAGUGGUGCACUUUGACAAGGGAGGCAAGUUUCUUCGUCAAAUCGGUGAAGAUGGUGCAUUCUCUUCCUCUUUUGUGACUGCUCCGCCCGGGAGCUUUGCCAUCCCCCACAAGGUCAUCUUGGCUGAAACAGAAGGGCUGUUUUGCGUGGCCGAUAGAGAGAAUGGACGAGUGCAGUGCUUUGACAUUCUGGAUGGCUCCUUUAGCUUCAAGCUCGCCAUAGACGCGUUCCAGGGCAAGGUGUACUCCAUUGCUUAUAGCGGAGGCCUGCUGCUAGCUGUGUCAGGUCCCCGUGUCUUGUCCAAUCCCUCCAGGGCCUUCCUCUUCAACCUCACAUCACGGCAGCUGUUGGCUUCGAUGAGCCCUCCCAGCGGGUCUUUUAUAGCCCCACAUGACAUUGCGUGUUCCAAGGACAUAGAGCAGGUCUACGUAGGUGAAAUUGGUCCCAACCGUCUGUGGCAAUUUGUCCGAGAAGUGCACCGGAGCGGCAAGAAGGUCCUGGUCGAUGUGCCUCCACCAGUGGUGCCUAGCACAACGCCCCCUUCGGUACCGCGGGGUGAAACAAGCUCCAGCAAGUUGCCUACCUCGAAGGAGGCUGGUGACGAGGACGAGGACAACUUUGGCUUCUCCAUGGUGGUGGUUGCCCUGCUGGCCAUCCCCAUCCUUUCCUUCCUCAUCAUCACCCUCAUUGUGCGACUCAAACGCAGGAAAGACAAAGGGUCCAGCAGCAAAGGCUGGUCCCAGGGAAAGCUGGACCUGGGCCAGCUUCUGCAGCCGCACCGGGGUUUCGACCGACUAGCUCUGGAUGACACAGCGUCUGAGGGCAGCGACUCUGACGUUGAGGAGUACAACGCCCCUGCCCGCAAGGCCUGAGAAAGCACCCUCCCCUUCACCCCCUCCAAGAUCACCCAGUGAACCACACACCCUAGGUGUUUUCCAGCACACACCCAAAAAAGCUGCGUCACUCAAGGAUUCCCGCUUGUAGUGGUCUAGAGCUCUCCUUGUGGGGGAAAUGAACACUGGCAGAAAGUGGAGUUUUGAGCCCACAGAAUUUAAUCCAGAAGCUUGCAUGCAUUUUUUGUAGCAUUGGAACAUGAAUGACAAGCAAAAUGUCAAGCUUGUAGAAGUGAUGAAAGUGUGACACUGUCUAUCUGCACCUGCUUGAGAGCCCAGGCACCAAUGCUGCACGGCUGGAGCAUGUGCAGUCUGUUCAUUUGACCCACAAAGAGACGUCUGGAUAUCUGUGAUCACAUUCCUUCAUGCCAUGCAGCCAACCUGAGCAGAGUUCAGCUUGACUUAUUGGCAACCUCUUGAGCAGCCAGUCCAUUGCCUACCUUCCCUUUGUUUUAUUUUUGUUGUUGUUGCUUUUGUUAUAUCUUUCCAAAAGGGAAGUCACCUGAAGCCUAGGAAGGGAACUGUGUGUUCACUCCUGUUCGUUUUCAACUCUGGUCACAUUUGCUAUAUACUCUAGUGCAUGCACCACAUGGCAGGAUGUCCCCGUUUGUAUGCCCCCAGCACUUUUGGUGGCAUUUCGAACAACUGUGUUUGCACUACGCCUUAUUACAUGCUGUCAAAAAAGCUCUUUAGGAUGAGCAUAUGUGUAUAUCAUGUUCUGGCAGCUGGCACUUGAUGUCAUCAUCAAGAUGAGAAGAACAGUGAUGUGUGGCAACUAUUGUAACAAAUCCCGCACAUUGCAUUCAGGCAGGGUCAGCGAUGACAUCGCGCUAUUAUGUCGAACAAGUGGCAAAUUCGUGAGACUUUAAUUUUGGGAUGGCUAUGAAGUCUGUGGUCUUCUACUGGCUGGUAGUAUCAUUAAGAUAGCACUGAUAAGGUAGCUCUCAAAAUGGUUUGUAAACAUGACAAUUGUCGUCAAACUUCGAAACCGCUUCUGAAGUGUCACAAAAAUAACAAACCAAACAACUUUUGGUGUGUAAGCAGUAUAAGGUGCAUUUUAACUAACUAAGGUCGCAACUUUUUACUACACCACUGCUUUAGUCAGAAUGAAUACUUGUUCGUUGGGGUUUUCUUUGCCUACCAAGAUAGUGUAGAAAUCCCAAAAACUAUAAUGAACAUAUUUUAUUUUUUGGUUCUGGAAUUUUCCCAGCUGCAGUCCUAGGAAAUGGUUGGAAUUGAGCUGUUGCCAAGCUGUCUGUGCAGUCGAGCAGUUAGGUAGGAUGUAAGCAAACGGCAAGGAUCUAUUUUGCAAACAAUACCUGUGUUUAUGUGUAUGUGCACCGCCCGAGUAAUAGCAGCCAUAGAGUUUCCUACAAAAAUGACUGAAGGGAGCUCUGGUUCUUGUGCCUACAGGAGAUGCAACUACAAUAGUUCAGGCAGCAUAGGAACAAUGGUUAGUACGUGCGUUUUUCCUAAACUUCGUCCUUCUGGCUUCAGAAGGCUUUGUGACUUUCUAAAAUGAUAAUUUCCAACAAAAUAUUGUGUUAUAUAUGCAACAAUAUGCAGUGAUUAUGCAUGUUUGCAGAGUCUUAUUGCCUACUGCAGUUAGAAGAAAAAAAAGGAUUGCUUUAAAAUUGAGUGCAAUAAAGGCUGGUCAAGCACAUUAAAUAAAGCCAGAAGAAUGCCCGAAGCCACAAGCACAAAGAUAAUACAAGUCUAUGCACUAACUGCCUUUCCUGUGGUAGCUGAACAAUCACAAUGCCAGAGUUCCCUCUAGUAAUUUCAGUAAGAAACUCUAUGACAGCAGCAUGCUAAAACAGCUUGUGUAUUAGCUGGUCUCCAACAGAUAUUCAGAUUCAUAUUGUCUGUGUCAGACAGUAGCCAGCCUUUCACUUACACGGACCACUGCAAUAGGCCUCGAAGGGACAUUGCAAAAACUCUCAUUCAGAGUCACAAUUUUUGUAAAUUUAUUAUUUUUUUUGUUCUUUGUUGACCUGUCCUGUGGUACUUCUACACACUGCGGACAUUGUGGUUGUGGAAUUGUGUCAUUGUUUUGCUCCGUGGUCCGUGGCACCUGCGUCGAUCUCUCUUGUGUCAGCAGCCUGACUGAGGCUUUUUAACCUGAAUGGUGGUUUGGAGCAAGCUUCGAAGUUGUGAGAAAUAAAUGAUGGCAAACUGCCUGAAA